GACGCUGCACCGGUGCGCUCAAAAGCGAGAGCGCAGACAGAGCGGAGCGGAUGAUGGUAGAGAACUGGAAAAAAAAACGAGCAGAGAAAGCUUUUUGCAGUGAAAUGUGGGUGGAAUAAAAGCACCUUGCUAGCGCAGCAUCAGUGUCCGAUCAGCGGUAAGACGGAGCGCCUGUUCGCCCCCCCGCUUCAGCACCGCAGGGAGGAGACACGCAGAGGAGGAAAGAUUCCCCUAAACGCGGUGAGAGCGUCGGAUGAGGAGAAGAGGAGAGCGGAGGGCAUCGGAUAGGCAACAACAAGGAUGGCAGCUCCAGACUUAUUGGACCCUAAAUCCGCCACUCACAACUCCAAGCCCCGCCUCUCCUUCUCCACAAAGCCGAUCCCACUGACUCCCCAGGAGGAGAGUGAGGUGAGAGACAAAAGAGAGAAGUUACACAACCAGAUUUUAAAAGUGGUUGCCACAGUAAUGAAAUGGAAGACGGUGACAGCCAUCUUUCUUUUGGUGGUUCUGUACCUGGUGAUGGGAGCAGCAGUCUUCAGAUCCCUGGAGCAGCCUCAUGAGAGUGCCCAGCGUUUGGCCAUCCUGUCCCAGAAGCUGGAGUUCCUGUCCAGACACUCCUGUGUCAGCCAGAGCCAGCUAGAGGAGCUUGUUAAGCAAGUUGUGUCUGCUAUCCGUUCAGGAGUGAAUCCUGCAGGGACACUGACCAACCACAGCAGCCUGUGGGACCUGAGCUCCGCCUUCUUCUUUGCUGGAACUGUGAUCACAACCAUCGGUUUUGGGAACAUCUCUCCCCACACAGAAGGUGGAAAGAUCUUCUGCAUUGUCUAUGCGUUGCUAGGGAUACCUCUGUUUGGCUUCCUUUUGGCUGGUGUAGGAGAUCAGCUCGGCACCAUAUUCGGAAAGGGCAUUGCCAGAGUGGAGAAAAUGUUUGUGCACUGGGACAUCAGUCAGACAAAGAUCCGGGUCAUCUCCACCUUGCUGUUUGUGCUGUUUGGAUGCCUGCUGUUUGUGGCGCUCCCAGCAGCCAUCUUUAAACACAUUGAGGGUUGGUCCGCGCUGGAGUCCCUUUACUUUGUGGUCAUCACCUUGACUACCAUAGGAUUUGGAGACUUUGUGGCAGGUGGUUCCGACAUAGAGUACUUAGAUUACUAUAAACCAGUUGUAUGGUUCUGGAUUCUGGUGGGACUAGCCUACUUUGCUGCCAUCCUCAGCAUGAUAGGAGACUGGCUCAGAGUAAUCUCCAAGAGGACGAAAGAAGAGGUUGGAGAAAUCCGAGCUCAUGCUGCAGAGUGGACGGCUAACGUCUCAGCAGAGUUCAAAGAAACACGGCGACGUGUCAGCAUCGAUAUCUAUGAUAAGUUCCAGCGCGCCGCCUCAAUUAAACGUAAACUGUCCUCGGAGCUGGGAUUCAGCCCUGGCCCUGAGUUCACUCUGCCCAAGAGGACCGUGUCGGUCAAUUUCAGCGAAGAACGGGACAGGAACGAGAGGGAGGCCGGGCUGAUGGGCCUGACCACACCUUUGGCUAGAAACGGAGGUCUGUUCAUGAACGGUUUGGACCCGGAGAGAGGAGAUAUCUCAGUCAUUGAACACCUCAAGUAGACAAGGAACGGUUGUCACCUUUUAAGAUUUCUUUUCAAUUUGUGAACAUUGGUGUUAUUAGUGCUGAAAAUGAAAUGAUUUUUUUUUAUUUUCAAAGCAAGUAGAAAUGAGAAUGUGGUACUUUGUGACCCCAGCAGGGACAUCUUCACCUCUCUGCUGGGAUGUAAGCCUUUCUUAAGAACACUUCAGUGGAUCUUUGACAACAGAACAUUUUUCACCACCCAGGGAAACAAAGAGCAAGACGAAAAAAGAACAUGUGUUGAUCUUGUUGAAAAAUGUGCAUUUGGGUGUCUGUAAUCUAGAUCUCACUCAGGUCCUGGAAUAAAGCAAAGUAGUCCAGUUAACCCUUCUCUUAAGGGACAACAUAAAACUACAGUAUUUGGUGACCUAAUAUAUGUCCAUGGUGCCUGUUUGUGUUUGCAGCAAAACUUAUAAACAAGUGGGUUGUUGUUUUUUGCAUUUUCUUUUUUUAUUGGACGGUUGAUAGUAUAGAUGCAGACAGAAAACAUGGGGAGAAAGGUAAAGUGGGAGGGAUAUGACAUGCGACAAAGGUCAAACCAUGGGGUGUGUAGCUUUACCCCUCAACCAAGUUUUUAAGGACGUCACUGUCUGCCAUCUGAAUGCAGAAUGACACAGACAAUCACAGUAGCUACAGAAGAUGUCAAAAUACAAAGAUGGAUAACUCUGAUGAGGAGAGGUGCUAAAUGACUACAGAAUGUAAAGACUGUGAGAUGAUGGGAAAUUAUAUUGUUUGUAAUACAGACAGCUGUACUGAACUACAAAGAUGGAGGACUGUGAUGCUGAUCAAACUACAAACUCCGAGUACAGAGAAUAUCUGUUUGAGCUCAUAUUAGAGCUGUAUUUUUCUGAUUCCCCCCCUUAGAAAAGUUACAAAAAAUUGCUGUUCUAAAAAAAAAUGUCAGUCAUGAACCAAGACUUUUUAAUUUUUUUAAUAUGAAAAUUAAAGCGCAUGUGCAGCUUAAACUGGACAUGCUUUCUGUAUUCAACUUUCACCAUCAUUGGCUGACUUAACUGAAUAUGUUUUAGAAUCUAAAGCUUUUUCUCUGAUUUCACUAGGCCCAUUUUAUAGAGUAACUAAUAAUCCCUAUUAGAAACCACUGUAAUAUUUAAAAGCAGUACUGUUACACAUAUAGUAAAUAUUUUGAUUUACUUUUAGCACAUUUUUCUUUCAAGCUUUUCACAGUUGUUUUUAAAAGGUUGUAGCGGUUCAAAGUGUGUCUCUCUGAUUCUGGAUGUAGUUUUAAAAGAAAUAAGAGUACUGAAUGUCAAUAUGAGGAGAUUUGUCAAACCAUUGCUGUGCCUUAAACUCUUCACAUUGCCAGACCAAGUCAAAGCACAACACAUUGUGUGGUGGACAACUAAUUCAACACAUGUUCCUACUUAUUCAUGUAUUAUCAAUAACAUCUUAUGUCUACUUCCACUAAAGAAAAUGAGGUGUUUUAUAAGCCCAAUGUUGUUGGUGUUUAUCCAGUCCAACAAAACAGUUGCUCACACUCAUGAUGUUCUUGUGCCCUGGAUCCACAUGUGGCCAAAUGUAUCCAAUACUUUGUGUUUCCUAGAAUAAUAUCAUGUAUAUGGCUCAGCGGAUUAUGAAAAAGACUGUUACAGGCAGAACAUUUUCACAUAUCCUGGGAAGUAACAUAUAACCUAUUUGUUACUACUCUUCCAGUAAAUACUUUAGUUUACUCUCUGCUGACCAACUUAAAGCUGCUAUAAUAUAACACAGUGAAUUCCUUCUCUGAGUGGUGCUACCAAAUAUGUGGUUAUGAUGUACAAAAUGUCUUGCAACAACUCUGGAAUUACAAAGACAUGUAUCUAAUCUCUAUCUGUCAUUGUCAGUUGUCACAUGUACAUUGGUUGUAGCUCUACUGUAAUCAAUUUACUGUGGACAUGUUUAAGAGUAAGAGUGGAAAAAUCUAAUAAUUUGAGUUAACGUUGUUGAUUGAUGAUUCACAGAUGUGGAUUUGCCCAUUGACAGACCAUGAAAGUUUCAAUGUAGUACAAGAAUAAAUUCAGUUUUGAUGCC